CGCAAACAAAAUUAUGUCAAAAAUAUUUCUAAAUUUCGUGUAAAAACAAAAACAUUCACACAUUCAAUACUGCGCUAUAUUCCAUGUAAAUUAUUAGUUUAAUCAAUUACAUAAAUCAUAACGUAAUGGCUGAAAAGUGCGAUCCGAAUCUCUGCGAUAAUGCUAGUUCACCCACAGAAGAUGAAAAGCCUUCCGGUAACUGGUGGGAUUCGUGGAUAUCAUCUGCCAAGACAAAGUCAGCGGAAGUGUAUACAAUGGUCAAGAAGGACUUGGACGAGAUUGGUACAGCAGUGAAAAGCGAAGCCAGCCAUGUGUUCAGCUCCACUUCCAAUGUUAUUGGCAAAACAUUUAAGUUGGAUGUCCCCGAAUCACCAGCUAAUGUUAUGAAGAAAAGCUUCAGUAGUUUUAUUGGUCAAGUCAGUACAGUUCUGAACCCCGAGCCAGAUGACGAAGAUGACACGGAAGUGAUUCUUUCGUCUGGUGAUACUACAAUGCUGUCCACAUACAAGAAAGAACUCGAAGCCCUCCAGCGUGUUGAUGCAACCUACAUAGUGCCAGCCUACAGUCCUGAGUUCGAAGCCUGGCGCUCCAGCCUAGAAAACUCCGAGACCAUUAUAACACCGUCGUCAGCGAUCAGACGCUUGGACUCCAGCCCAUUGCUGAAGGCACAGUAUGACAAACUUGUCCCCGAUGCCGUUUCGCAUGAGGAGUUCUGGGAAAGGUACCUGUUCCGCGUGGCGUUACUGCAGGACCGCCUGGCGGCUGCCUCCCGCAAACAGCCGAUUGAGGAACCCACCGCAGAUCCCGUGCUAGCUCAUCUACCGCUACAGACACCGAUAGAACAAAGUCCUAAAAAAGUACUUUCCGGUAUAAAUACAGAAGCAAAUGAAAAAGACAUAGACAAUGUCGUCGCUUGGGAUGAUGAAGAUUUCGCAAAUGACGUAGAACUAACAGAAGAACAGCAGACUCUACUUCUCGAAGAGUAUGAGAGAGAAAUAGCCUCGAAGAAAAUAAACAAAACGUCGUCACGCGAUAUCACGAACAAUAACAAAGAACCCAGAGACAAACUGAACAACGAGACGGAUAAAAAACAAAAAAAUAAAAUUAAAAGUCCCAUAAAGAAAACAGAUGAAUGUGGUAACAAUUUGGUAGAAGAUUACUUCGGUGAGAAGGACCAGGUUAAGGACGACGCGAGUGCAAAUUCAGAUGAGAGCUGGGAGAAGGAGUUUGAAAUUGAAGAACCGGUGCAGCAGAAAGCCUGAUUGUUAGCGUAUAUGUCGUCUAUAUAUACACUGAAAUAGCAAUGGAAUGUAGAACGAUUACAACAUAUAAUAUAUACAUGUCCCUUCCACAAUGAAAGGGAAUAAAAGAGACGACAAAAGGGAGUUACUACAUCUAAUAAAUUAAGUAUUCAAUGUGCCUGAUCAUAAUACAUUGAUUAGAAGCUCAAAAUAUACUUUUUUAUGAAAUCAAAUGGUAAUCCUAUGCACAAGUAUACACACUGGCAACACUGAGGAUAUAUAUAUAAAUAAUGCCUUAUUCAGCCUGCCCUUAUUGUUUACACGGCCCUAUUAUUACAUAAUAGUAUAUAAAUGCUAGUACGAUAUUCUAUAUAAUCACAUGUACGAUAAACAUAGGGCUAUAUAUACAUAUAAAGUAAAUAAUAAAUUGUAGAAAUAGUGUAUAAGAGACUAGAAAGUGACAUUUGAAUCAUAAAUUGACGUUUGGGAAGUGAAAAUAUAUGGCACUGGAAUAGUUUGGAAUGAUCCAUUAAAAUAAUAAAUAGAUGUUGAUGAAACUCUGCAUCGGGGACGUGUAAUUUAAAAUUAGGUAAAUGUUGAACAUGCUCACAAAUACAAUAAUAUUAAAUACAAUAUAAGCGAAUAGUCGGCAUCGAAAUGAAACGAAUCAUACGCAUAUUAGGCAAAUACAUUAGGUGACAGAUAAAAAAAUAUAUUGUAAUUUAUUUUAAUAUAGAUCACAUGGCUCUAUUUUAUUAUGCCUUAGUUCGAAAAUUCAGUGACUGUCAAAUUAUGUUUUUUCCAAAUCUGUCUUAUGCCAAUCAAACGUAUGUCAAAUAAAAUAGUGUUGAUUCAAACUGCAAUUGAGAUUAAAUAUCGGUUGAAAGAUUGAGAUAUUUUGAUAAGAAUUUCGAUAAACACAACUCACAACUAAUACUUGUCAAACUGGCGUCUAAAUUGUUAGACGAACUGACAAUUUGCAAUUUGUUUCAUAAAUUUGAUUUUAAAUAUAUUUUAUUAAUAAUGUUUUGUAUUAUGCUUACGAAAUUUUAUUUUGUUUUACAUUUAUUUUUAUUUAAUAUCAAAUCCCUUGCGUCUAGUUUUCGAAAAGCUAAACGACGUAACUAAAUACUGAACGAUCUGUGCUCACUUAUUUUGGUUGCAAUAGAUUGGUUGCAUCAUCCAUAUUAAAGUUAAAAAUUUGGUAAUCUGACUUUGAUUAGCGUUUAAAUUCAGUUGAAAGAAAGCUACUGAAUUAAAAAAAAAUAUACGUGCACAGAUAAUUAAUCGAAUAAAAAGGAAUAUAUCAAUUGUGACUAUUUAUUUUUUAAAUAAUAAAAACUUAUUUUAAAACACAUAUUUUGUAUGUCUGAAUUAAAGUAUGUUUUUAUUAAUAGUGUAUAUUUAGUUAAAUUUAUUUAAAUAUCGAUGGAAGUCGAAUAUACAUUUAUUUGCCACAAACUAACCUAUCUAACUGCCUUAAGAUUAGACGUUAAUUUUAAAAACGAAUUAUUUACAACUUCUCAAAUUACUGGCAAGAAAUUUCUCGAUUAUCGAUAAAAUAAUAAUUGUUUUGAUUCGUAUGUGAUAACUGUUAUGAAAAUAUAAUAAAACCUGUAUUGCAUUUAAACACAUUAGUAAACAAAGGUAUUCUUUGAGAAAUAAAUUUUAGUCUCGAUCGACGUUGAAAACUUCUAAUGCAAAAGUUUGUCAUGUGUUUUGAUCCUUCAAAUGUUUGUUCUUACAUAAUAGAACUUGCUUAAUUCAACAUACAGAUUGUGUAUGAAUCUAUUCUAAAAUAAACUAGAAAAAAAAUUUUUGUUAUAUUUUUGUAUUCCUUUCAUUUUAAAAUU